AUGGAUGUUGCUACCGUUCGCAGUCCCACUCCCUCCCCCUCGCGUCGAAUACUCUCCUCCUUUCCCCCCGUUGCGUCGCUUUCCCUCCUCAGGGGUCCAAGACCCUCGAACCGCUUGUUUGCCCUCCGCCGCCGAGGCAUCUGGACGGCCUGCGGGGGAGCGGAGACGCUGGUUGCUGGGAAUCAAAGGGAAGAGUCGAAAUCCCCUGCAUCUGGCAAGAAGGUGAAGAAAGACGAGGGCAUAGAUUUGAAAUCUUGGCUGCACAGCCAGGGAUUGCCUCCGUGCAAGGUAUUGCUCAAGGAGAGGGCGCCACAAGACGGGAAGCACUGCUCCAUUCAUUACGUUGCAGCGAGCGAUGAUCUUCAGGUACCUCUCAUAGCUGCGAACCAUCUAUUCAAUGUUUUAUCCGGAGAAUGUCGAGUUGAGACCAUGACUACUGCAGGCUGGUGAUGUGGCUUUUUCAGUGCCAAAUUCCUUGGUAGUUACCUUGGAGAGAGUCCUAGGGGAUGAGACAGUUGGUAAGUGCGCAGUAUUCGUCUUUUUCCCCGUAGCAUCAUUUUUUUUCUUCAGGAAUAAAAAAUUGAUUGCAAUGUGGAUCAAAAAUGAUCUGCUCAGAACAUUUUUGAAUACUUUUUCAGAUUCUGUAAUUUUUCGCAAUCGUAUGGUCAUCCUUUCAAAGUUCCUUUGGUGUUUCAUUUCCUUUUUAAGUAAUUACUUGGCCAUGCGAUAAUGUAUGGUAUCCAUUGCAUGGGAAAAUGCUACACUAAAUAUUUUAUAUAGUCACCAUAUAAAUUCUUAGGGGCUUUUUAACCUUGGAGCUGUGAGAAACAUCAAUGUUUACUAUUUUUAAUUCAUUUUUUUCAUCUUUCUUCAGUAAUUGCCAUCCAUAUAAUUAUUCGUUUCCAUGGUGUCUUUACAAAACUUUUUACUACUUAAAUUUGGGUCAAUAAAAGUACAUGGCAUUAGGAAUAGAGAUCUUCCAUGAUGAAUGUUAUCACAUCUUGCUUCACAUUUGUAAUGAUUGGCAGCUAUCUUUUGUUGAUAGGAUUGCUUCGAUUUUCAGGGCGAAACUGAAUGCUUGCCAAGACGCAUAUGAGGAAGAGAAAAAAUGCAGUAAAAAAGUUAUUGCCUAACCAUGGCAAAAUGAUGUGACAAGAUUAGUUGUUCAACAAAUUAAUUGUGUGGCAAGGUGUAAAACUGUUUCACUAAUCCAGAGAUAUACACCAAAUUGAUAAAUUAAAAGAAUCUAGUAGCAUCAGAGUAAAUGGCUUAAUAAAGAUUUGUUCACAUUCUAAACUGACCAUGGUAAAUUUCAUCAUAAGAACCAAAAUAGCCCGGUAAUGUGGGUUAAUGCUUAGAAUUUAUCUUAUUAGGGUUUAAAGUCUUGGACUUUGUAUGCUGUCGACAUCAAUGGUUGAUCAUACUUUAAGAUUUUAUUGACUAGUUGAUUGAACUGAUUUUUUAGUUAUGAAAUUAAAUGACACUAAUGGGUUAAGGAAGUACCAGUAGUUCUCUGCUGUGCAAGCCCUGUGAAAAGAGCAGUUUUGGAUUUAAAUUUAUUUACAAAGCAUGCUGGAAGAGUAAAAGGAGAACCAAAUUGAGGUUGUAGAGAAAUUAAGGAUAAGUAACCCUUGCAAUUCAAUAGCUGGAUAAGGCUAUUUGGAGAUGGGAAAAUAAAUAAUCUUGCUUAGUGAUUGGGUUUGGAUCCAAAUGGAGUUAUUUACUGGAGAUCUGCUGUGAAGGUAUAUCUCCUUAUGGAGAUGACCCGUUGGAAUUUUCCACCAUUGACCAGCAGUGGUAUAAUUUCUCCUUGAUGUUUGAGAUUGUGCUGCUUGUACGCACAUGAGAAGGCAAGCAUGGAUUACUGAGCCCCCUAUGAAAAAUCUUUGGGUUGUUUAAUCGACAGAAUUCUUUCACAACUUGAGGGAUGUUCAUUCUUAUGUUCAAGGUCUAGCUCGAUUGGGUAUGGAUACAAACCCAAUUAGAGGAUGUAGAUGGACGCAUACAGGGAAUUAAACCAUUUGAACGGCUGAAAAAUGGGAGCAACUGUCUGGAUUAAGCAAUUCUUAGUGGGAAUGGACGACAAGGGAUACUGAUUUCGGGUAGUUCAGGUACUACCUUCUAGAGUCUAACCUGCUGUUAGAAAAUGUUCAUUUUACAUAUGAAACGAUUAUGAGAAGGUUCUAUUGUUAUAUUUUAGUGGUGAUUUGAUCUUCCAAAUAGACACGAUAUACUCAUGCAUAUACUGGUUCACUAUCUUCUAGCCACUAAUAUGCCACGGGAUUGACAUGGAACUUUUGUAGAGUGGCAUCAGAUUGUAUCCCUUCUGUGCUUUUUUCUUGGCUUUUUGCAGCACUUGACCCUAGGUGAUGUCACGUUGAUUGUAUGGGGUUUCAUGUUUGAUUUUAAGUGUUAUUUCCCUCUUUGGGUUUUUUGCUUUUUUCGGGUGCUUAGAUGUGUUUUGCCUAGACUACUUGGGUUGUAUUCUAAAGAAAGAUUUUUCUGUAUCCUUUACGAGUCUAAAGGCUGUAUGCUUUGACCACCUUCCUCAUUUCCUUGAAGUACUACAGAAAAAAGUGCUGCAUUCUAUUCCUCUCACUGUUUUUAUUUUCAUUUUCUGUAGUAUUUGAUGAGGAAAAGGAUAUUCUUAUGUUUAUGCAGCGGAACUACUGACAACAAACAAGCUAUCAGAGUUAGCCUGCUUGGCAUUGUAUCUUAUGUAUGAAAAAAAGCAGGGAAGGGAAUCUUUUUGGUACCCUUUUAUUAGGGAGCUUGAUCGUCAACGAGGGCGAGGUCAGCUUGCCGUGGAAUCUCCACUUCUUUGGUCUGAAAGUGAACUCUCUUACCUGACUGGCAGUCCCACAAAGGUAACCACCUAAAAACUCACUUUCUUUUUAACUGAAGGAAUGAGGUAUGUAGCACCAUGUUUUUGAGUUAAUGAGUGGUAUGCCACAUACUUUAUCGUUAGAUAAGUAAUAUUUAUUCAUUCAACAUUCAGAAGUGGUUAACAUCUGACAACAUCCCCAAAACCAUAAUAUCAAGGCGCACAAAAUCUUUAAUUUUUUUUACGUUUCAUUUGAUUUAUAACUUCGACUCCAAGAUCUCAAAUUCAAGAUCCAGCAUACAGCUCAAUCUUUUGGAGGAGCAUACUAGCCAAACUCAACCUUCACCUCUGGAAGCAUGCGCAUUAACUCAUUGACAAUUCAACAGAAGAUAGGAGUCCGAAAUUGCGCUGCUAUGCUUGGCAUCAGAGUAGCUGCACAAUUCAACAUUCAACACUGCAUAAUAGCUAUGCAUUCCAUUUAGAUCCACGAUGUUCUGGGAGAUUGAAUAUGCUUGAAAGAUACUCAGCUUUCCAGGUAAUAUGCUUGAAGGUGCUUGUAUGAGCAUGGAUUGCCAAUUCCUACUGUUUGUAAGCCAGUUCUUGUUUGUAGGACAGCCUCUCGGACUAGUUCAUGUGGUCUCAUUUUGAUUUGAUGAUAAACUUUGACUGAACGUACUCAUCAAAAGUCUUUAAGCUGUAGACUUUCUCUAUCAUGUAGAUCUCUCCAUGGUUCUGCUGCAACAUAACAAUAUCCCCGAAAGGUGCAAAAACAGAAGCAGGCUUGGGAGAUCAAGUUGAUGAGCUUCAAUUCUCACUAAUCCAUAUUAUCUUGACCUUCUCAUUUAAAUAUUGAUCUGCUUGGGCUUUGGUGAAGAAAUAAACAACCUUUUGGGAUUUUGAAUAGAUAUUAAUAUUACUUGCUGCAUCAGUUGAAUCUCGGGCUUCUAAUAAUGCAUCAUUUCUUUCCUGACAUGCUUCUUUGUUAGCCAUCAAAUGAUUUGUCGAAGUAGCAUAUUAAAGGUUUUCAUAAUCCUUAGAGGUUAUUUCUUUUAUGAUACUACUGCAGACUGAGGUUCUUGAGAGAGGAGAAGGAAUCAAAAGGGAAUAUAACGAGCUUGAUACUGUGUGGUUCAUGGCUGGGUCAUUAUUUAAGGUGAGUUUCGUUGUGAAAUUAACAACACUUGAAAAUAGUUGUGUUUGUUUCUUCAUUCUUGAUCUAUAAUAUUUCAGCAAUACCCUUAUGAUAUUCCCACCGAGGCCUUUCCGUUCGAGAUUUUCAAGCAGGCUUUUGUUGCAGUUCAGUCUUGUGUUGUCCAUCUACAGGUAAGAUAUUGAUUGCGACUUCUUCCAUUUUGUAUUAUAUGAAGCUGUAACAGUCUAGUAGGCCUUUUGCUUAUGAUUAAGCUUUAAAUCAAUGUUUUUAUAUCGUUAUAGAUCCUAAUGUGAAAUUAUCGUGCGAAGAAAAGGCUGCUGAAGUUCAUUUGAAAUAUGUAUCCAUUAAAUUGGAAACCCGAAGACUCCUUUAAUUGUGUAUUCUCUUCAAAAGACAGGCUAGAACAAGCUCUUUACAGAGCUCCACUGAGGACCAGAAAACUUGAAAUUGAUGUGGGGUCACGUGACAAGACUCUCUGGGGUUUGGGAAAGCAAGAACAAUUUACAUGCCUUCACAUUUGACUGUUCAAACAAUCAAGGGCACAAAGUCGUCUACGCUAACAAUGUAGUAUAUAACUUAUCCCCGGAAUGGGUGUCAAGCGUUGAUAUGGACACGAAUGUCAGAUACAAGCUUGGAAAAUAAGCCAUAGGCAUAUGGGGGGAUUUAAGGACCUUUAUUUUUAUAUUUUGUAUCUAUGUUCCUUUGUAUGCCAUGAUAAAAUAUUUUCCGCACUUUUUUAGAUAUAUGUUAGCUCUUACCACUAGACUGUUGCGAAGAUUGCUUUUCAAUGCUGCCCACGAGCAGUUUUAGAUUCCUAUAAUUAUUUGGUCAAUUUUCUCAAUUUGCAAAUCCAUUCCAAACCUGUCAAUACUCCAGAUGUUUAUUUUCUGCUGUGCUAUAAUCAUUUGAUGUACCAAUUUCGUUCAGUUACAAUUGGCUGGCAAGAAUGUCCCAUAAGCUGUGCCAGGCUAGCAAGGGACAGCCGAUUAAUACUUUGAGGUUAACCUUCAUGUCAUAGAACGCUAAAAAGAAGCUAAAUAUAAAGAACUGAAUAAGUUUAUCAGAUGAAAUAGAAAGAAUCCCAAAAAAAAAAAAGAAACGUUAUUGUAUUAUACACCUGAACGUCUGAAUUAGCAGUCCUCUCAUUAAUCUCCUUAGGUUGUUGCAUAAAAGAUUAUGAAGAGGAUACUGUUCAAUCUCUCUGUUCAAUGGAAAAGGUUGUCUACUUGGUGAAUGUGUAUUUGCUUUAAUGACUUAUCAAAGCGUUCAACCAAUGCCGAUAAAUUUACAGUUGUCAUCAAUAAACAUAUGAUGCACUUACAUCUGCUUCUGUCGAUGUCUUGGUUUCUACCUCGUUUAUGUAUUGGGCUAUCCAACUCAAAACCUCUUGCAAGUCACAGUUUGUUUUUCUCUCUCCAAUGUGGGAGAUUCUAGUUUGACUGAUAUCAAUGGUGAAAUUUACCAAAUAUGUUUUUUUGAAACCAGAAAGUCAGUUUGGCCCGAAGAUUUGCUUUAGUUCCUCUUGGGCCACCUCUAUUAGCUUACAAGAGCAACUGCAAAGCAAUGCUGACUGCGUCCGGGGAACAUGUUCAAUUGGUUGUGGAUCGUCCAUACAAGGCUGGGGAAUCAAUUGUCGUGUGGUAUUCUAUUUUUCGUUUUACCUUGAAAUUCGGUAAAUGUAUCUUUGAGCCAUCUGCGCAGUGACAGUCAAAACUGGUAGUAAUUCUUUUUUCAUUCAUAGCAUUCUAUCCGGACAUAUUAAGCUUUGUAUUACACAGGUGUGGACCACAACCAAACUCAAGAUUGCUCUUGAACUAUGGUUUUGUUGACGAAGAUAAUCCCUAUGACCGUCUAACAAUUGAGGUGUGAAGUGGAUUCCUUGGUGUGCAGUUGUUGUACUUAUUCAUUGGGAACCAACUUUCUUGUGUGUGCAUGUUUGAUCUAGGCAUCACUGAACAUGGAAGACCCGCAAUAUCAAGACAAGAGAAUUGUUGCCCAGAGAAAUGGAAAGCUAGCCAUCCAGACCUUUCAAGUAUGGAAACUUAUUUUUUGUGGUUCAUUUUGUGUAGAUCUGAUUCGAUAUGGCUUCAUUUUCAGGUGCAAGUGGGAAGAGAAAAGGAAGCUAUCUUGGAUAUGCUUCCUUAUCUGCGAUUAGGUUACGUUUCAGAUCCAUCUGAAAUGCAGUCGGUGAUUUCUUCUCAAGGACCUGUAUGCCCUGUGAGUUUAGGUUUCAAUGUUGACCUUUAUAACUUGAUGUUGUCGAUAUGGGACGAUAAGUCAUGCAUUUGGAUGCGAACAUAAGGGAAAUAUUCUUUUGUAGCACCUUUAUCUAGGUCUACAUUCAUCAUAUAUGUCAACAUCAGUAUAUGAUGUGUGCUUCCCUAGUUAUCUACUGAGCAUAUAUUUUGGACCAUCUGAUGAUUGUAAUCAUUAAUUAUUAGGGGAGAGGAAGAAGAGAAAUUAGUAGGUUGGGAUUUUCUCCAUCUAAAUACUAGUAGAGUGUUGUGAUGAGGACUUCAGUAGAGGCCAUCCGUGUCCUCCGGAAUAAUAGAGUAUUUGGUACAGACUUGGUACAAGCUUUAUGAGGAAGCCAAGAGCCUUGGGCUUGAAGAAAGGUCAAAUUUUAUGGUAGGAUUUUUCGUCAUUAGCCGAGUACGUGUUUCUGUUAAUCAGGGUUUAUAUUAGAGUUUUUAUUGAUAAUUGUGCAGCUGUCAUACGGAUCUGAGAUCCCCUAAGAUGCUAAAAAUAUUCACGACUGACAUAUUUGAGCAGGUUAGCCCAUGCAUGGAACGAGCUGUUCUCAAGCAACUUUUUGACUAUUUCACGUCCCGCUUGGCAACCUACCCCACAACCCUAAGUGAAGAUGAAGCCUUGGUAAUAUUUACAUCGAUUCCUGGCAGUGUUCUCAGUUAAGACACUUAGUCCUAGGUUCUAACUGGUUUCAACGUGACCCAGUUGGCGGAUGAAAACUUGGAUCCCAAGAAAAGAGUUGCAACUCAACUGCUCAGGCUGGAAAAGAAAAUGUUAAAUUCUUGUGUUCAGGGAACCGUUGAUCUCAUAGACCAGUUGCCAGAUAACUCUGUCUCUCCCUGUCCUGCUCCUUAUGCUCCUAUCCUGAAAUGA